AUGUGUUUCGGGGUCAAUGUGACUCAUUUUGAUGGAGCAGGUCACAUAUCAAAGACUUUUGUCAGUUUUGGAGGGCUGUUUGUUGCCAUCCGAAUAGACAGAGUCCUUAUAAUGUGUGGAAACCUUCUUGUAAUAAUCUCCAUCAUUUACUUCAAACAGCUCCACACUCCUACAAACUACCUCAUCCUCUCUCUGGCUGUGGCUGACCUGCUUGUUGGGGUUGUAGUUUUGCCUUUCAGCAUAAUACUGACUGUAACUUCAUGUUGGUAUCUUGAAUAUUUACUCUACAGAUAUUACGCAGUGUGUCAGCCUCUGAGCUACAGAACUAAAAUGAAUGUUCAUGUUAUUAUUGUCAUGAUCCUGUUGAGCUGGACUGUUUCUGCACUUCUUGGAAUUGGCAUCACAAUACGGGGAUUGAAUGAAGGGCAAUCAAAUAGGUGUGUUAUAUUUCAACAUACAAGUUCAGCAAUUAUGGGAACUCUUUUUGGUUUUUAUCUCCCAGCUAUCAUAAUGUUCUCCAUCUAUCUAAAGAUUUUUAUUGUGGCACAGAGACAGGCACGCAGCAUCCAGAACACAACCUGUCAGAGCAAAAAGUCUGGAGCAGCUGUCAGUAAGAGGGAGAGAAAGGCCACCAAAACUCUGGCUGUUGUUAUUGGAGUAUUCCUCAUCUGUUGGACUCCUUUUGUCCUUUGUAUCACUUUUUACUCUUUGAGUAAUUACACAAUACCAGUUCCUUUGAUUGAAACAUUUAAAUGGCUUGGAUGGUCGAACUCAAUGCACAAUCCAUUGGUCUAUGGUUUCUUUUACCGCUGGUUUCGAUCAUCUUUCAGAAUGAUAAUUUCUGGGAAAAUAUUUCAAGGCUUUGGCUUCAGACUAUUCUUCCUUCGGACAGCCACCCAGCCGCUCGAGAGGUGUCAGGGAAUGGCUAGCUAUGCUAUGUCGGCUCGCAUCAGCUAA